GAGAUCGCAAGCACACAGGCAAGCAUUCGUAAUGUUUUGGAGUUUUGGUCAGUUUUGGUAGUUUUGGUGUCCUGUGGCCAUUGUGGCUCUACCGAGCUUCUAGGCCAGCGCGCUUAUAUUCGCACUUCCGCGGGAGCUGCCGAAAAAUGUGCCAACCGUGAACGAGAUAUUAAAAACGCCACCACGACCUUUCAUGAAGCGGCCACAUCUAAGUCAACAAGUCUGCGCUUGCCACGCGACACGUCUCGCGAUUUUUCACGAGAGCCUGAUUAGCACCUACUGCUGCGUGUCAUCUCGUUGACAGAGCUAUCACAGCGAUAAAAACUGUACGUAUCGAAACUGCCAGCAUGCAGACGUCGCCGAUGCCGAAGAAGAAUGCCGGGAUGCUGAAGGCCGUAAUUCUAAUCGGAGGACCCCAAAAGGGCACCCGGUUUCGACCGCUGUCGUUCGACAUCCCGAAACCGCUAUUCCCGGUCGCUGGUCGCCCGAUGAUGCAACAUUUGGUCGAGGCAUGCUGUGGCCUGCCAGGCGUGCGCGAGGUUUUGCUCAUCGGCUUCUACCCGGCCGACGAUGCGGACCUGACGGGGUUUGUGAAAAGUGCCAGCCGCGAGUACGGCUUGCCAGUGCGCUACCUCCAGGAAUACGCGGCACUGGGCACGGCUGGCGGUAUCCACCACUUCCGCGACCAGAUUCGCCGGGGCGAUCCAGAGGCCUUUCUGUUAAUUCAUGGUGACGUGUGCGGUCAUUUCCCGUUGUCAGAAAUGUUGGAAUUCCACCGGUCGCUGCCCAAAAGCAACCUGGUCACCGUGCUGGCCACCGAGGCAACGCGCCAACAAUCUCUGAGCUACGGCUGUAUAGUCGAGGACAAGGCGACGCAUCAGGUACUGCACUACGUCGAGAAGCCUUCCACGUUCGUCAGCGCCGUCAUAAACUGCGGUGUCUACCUGUGCAGUCCGGACGUGUUUCAGAGGACUGGGGCAGCGCUGCGCGACCGACACGCUCGAGAGGGCGACAGUCUUGACGCGCUCAGCUUAGAGCACGACGUGCUCGCGCCGCUGGCCGCUGCCGGCCGACAGCUGCACGUCUUUCAGACCAAUCGUUGGUGGAGUCAGCUCAAAACGGCCGGCUCGGCCAUCUACGCCAACAGGCACUACCUCGAGCUCUACCGCCUGGAGCACCCGGAGCGUCUAGCGCAAGCGCGGCCCGACGGGCCCACGAUAUUGGGUGACGUGUUCGUGCACCCGUCAGCGUGCGUGGACCCCACCGCCACUCUUGGGCCUAAUGUGUCCGUCGGACCCGGGGCGCGCAUUGGGGCCGGUGUGCGCAUUCGCGAGUCGUUGGUGCUCGCCAACGCCACUGUCUGCGACCACGCGCUCGUUCUUCAUUCCAUUGUGGGCCUCGACAGUUCGGUGGGCGCCUGGAGCCGCGUAGAAGGAACACCCUGCGACCCCAACCCGGACCGACCCUUUGCCAAAAUGGAGAACGUGCCUCUGUUCAAUGCCGACGGUCGCCUAAAUCCUUCGAUCACAGUGCUCGGCUGCCAUGUCAGUGUGCCUGCUGAAGUCAUUGUGCUCAAUUCCAUUGUACUGCCUCACAAGGAUCUGGCACAAAGCUACAAAAAUGAGAUAAUCCUUUAAG